AUGAGUUACGGGUCGCCUUACGGGACUCCCCAUCGAGGAGGCGAUGCGGGUUAUUAUUACGACGUACAGAGCCCCUCACCAACACCUUCUCCACGUCACUACCCAUUUUACCAGCGACCGGCUACCGGAGCUCAUGUUCGUAAUGCUAGCAGCGGCAUCCCCGACUACCGACCGUCGACUGCCUUCUCGCCCCGGUACACGAGCACCGGCGAGUAUGCCACCGGCCCAAGCCCGAAUGUGAGUUCGCGAAAGCACAGUUUCUCAAUAGGGUCGCAUCAUAUGCCUCGGCGCGAGCUUCGGACCUCAUUCUCAUAUAAUCGGGCCUCUCAUGGGGAUUCCGACGAGGACGAGAUUGUCGAGAUCGAUGGGUACAGAUGCGUGUUGAUAGGGGAGUCCAAGAGUCGCAAGCGCAGAGAGUCUUUCUAUGCUGCUCCGGGACAUGGCACUGAUCACUACUACCGUUCGCAGGGCAUGCCGUCGUCGUUCUACGAGAAAGAAAGGGCCGAGUACCCCUCCUACGAGGAGCCUCCAGCCCGCUCUGCUACGAGGAUCGGUCACCACACCCGUCGCUCUUCAUCCACCGCUGUACCCAUCCAGCGCCCCGCUACUACACGCCCCUCUAGCUCGCACAAGAAGAAGACUGUUACCUCGGUACCAAAGAAGGCCACCGAGGCGGAUGCCCGGAAGCAUCGGAUCCCCCCUGGAUAUUCCCUCAAGAACUGGGAUCCCGCCGAGGAACCAAUCAUGCUGUUAGGUAGUGUUUUCGACUCAAACUCAUUGGGAAAGUGGAUCUACGAUUGGACCGUUCACCACCACGGAGCUGCCACUCCCAUUGCCGAUGUGGCUGGUGAACUAUGGGUUCUUCUGAUUCAACUCUCUGGCAAGAUAAAGCGCGCCGAAGAAGUUGUGCCAGAGGUCAGGACCCAAGCCAAUAAGGAGAUGAUUGAAGAUUUUAUUGAAUCAGGCGAACGCCUGACAGACAAGCUUCGCGUUCUACUUAAGAAAUGCGAGGCCCCUAUGCUAAGGUCUUCCAAAACCAAGGAAGCAUCUCACCUCGGGCAGAAUGCCGGAGUGGAGUUCGUCAGGACCAUUUUCGGCCGUGAGAGAGAGCUUGAGCGUACCGAGGCUUUUAUGCAGCAAGUUCGUCUCUGGAACCUGCGGUUUGAUGCAAACUGCGAGGACAUUUUGAAGAGGCCCAAGCAAUAG